AUGAUCAUCGAGAUGGAGCCGACCGCACACCUCAGUUACAGUAAUCCAAAACAACCUGACGUGGCGGCGGCAAACAUCGGCAGGGGGCACAGGCGCCUCGUUGCCGAUUUGAAGCUCACGAGCUCGCUUGCGAGCACGGGCAAGGGCACGGCCGGCGACGGAGAGCUCGGCUGGAAGGGGGCCUACGUGCGCUUUGGCAACACGGAGACCGGGCUGCUCAAGUUGGUCAAAGGGCGCGGCAAGUGGUCUCCGUCGGAAGCGAUGGCAGCGGCGGUGGCGGGGGAGGAGGAGGAGGCCGAGGAGGAGGGGGAGGAGGGGGAGGAGGAGGAUGCCCCCAAGGGAAAGCUCACGGAGCAGCCUGGCGAUUACCCCUUUGCGCGGCAGCAGGAUUGCGAUCUACGUUUGUUUGAUUUUGAGGCUUUCGGAGGCUUUGGAAAGGAGGUUCGCAGCACCCUGAGGGAGGCGGCGAACCAGCUGAGCAAUAAACUUUCGCACGCUCAGCACCUGGACGAGGUCACAUGGACCACCAAGAACUGGCACGGGCUGCAGAUGCAGCGCUUGUCUGUCGUCCUCCACACCGCCGUGGCGUGGCAGACGUGGGAGUGGAUCACCUCGAUCUGCUGCGCACUGUCCUACGCGUGCACCUACUAUUGGCGCUACCCCGCGUUUGUGCUUCCUCCCGAUGUGCUCGAUGUGCCGGUGCGUGGCGGGUUUACCCUGCGGUCCUGCAUAUCCUUUGCCUUCAUCGGCGGAUUUGCGGCCGCAAAGCUGCCUGCGGCACACUUUGCAUCGUCGCGGCUCUUCUUCCGCCACCGCCGCACGCUUCUCCUCUCCCUGAUCACCUCGUCGAUGCUCAUCGAGGGCGCGGGCCUCGCGGCGCCGCAUCCCGCCGCGAAGGUUGGCGCCGUCUUUGCCUCUGCCUUCCUCUCUUCUUUUCUCUGGGGGUGCAUGCUCACCUACCUCGAGGGCCGCGUCACCACCGAGCGGCGGGCAGCCUCACGGCACGUCGCCCUCGCCACGCUCUGCCUCAUCUACGCCGGCAACGCGAGCCGCGGCGCGCUAGUCGAGGUGGAGGUGGAGACGCAGCAGCAGCAGCAGCAGCAGCCGCAGCAGCAGCAGCAGCAGCAGCAGCAGCAGCAGCAGCAGCAGCAGCAGCAGCAGUGGCAGCAGCAGCAGCAGCGGCAGCAGCAGUGGCAGCAGCAGUGGCAGCAGCAGAGGCAGCAGUGGCAGCAGUGGCAGCAGCAGUGCGCCGGCAGCGCCUUCCUCUCUGCGGGCGUGUCGCCGGCUGCGAUGCCGCUCGCCGUCGGCGCGCGCGCCUUUCUCCGGCGGUGGGCAUGCGGCCUCGCGCCGCUCUGCGUUGCCUACGCCCUCCUCACUGGGGUGCGUUCGCUGCGCGACCUCUUCGCCGACCAGCUCUUCGCCGCCUCGCUCGGCGCCCCCGGCGGCGCGGCGCCCGGCUGGAUCCUCUGGACCGCAGACCUGCCGGGCGCCCUCGUCUCCGCCGCGACUCUCGUCGCCUUUGGUCGUAUCCGCGACUCUCACCGCGCGAUGCAGGCGGUGCCGGCGAUGCUGUCUGUCAUGAUCGCAGCGACCUGCCUCGCCCUCGUCGCGACGGGCGCGUGGCAGCUGGGUCUGCUCGGAGGCGGCUCGUGGCAGCUGCUGCUGGGCACGGGCGUCUUCCUGUGCUACGCGACCAUGGGGACGCCAUUCUACGAGCGGUUGCUCGCCGCGACGCGCACCGAGGGCGCCGACAUCCGCGCUCUUCAUGUCUGCCCGUGGGCGCGGCCUGAUCGGAAUGCGCGUGGCAUCUAG